GUCAACGUUCGUGUUUACUCGGUGAUUUCCCCGAGAGGUUUGACGAAGCUCGGUAGACCGCGAUUAACCGCAUCCUCCGCAUGGAUCGCGAAAAAUCGUCACUUCCCUUUGCGACAUGGAAACGAGAAGUAUCAAAAAGAUCAUUCUGAGAAGAAUUAUUAAACGAGGAUUGCAUUAAGCACAGUAAAAUAAUUCCUUGAUCAAACGCAACUAACUUGGUAGCUUAUAUUAGUAGCUAUUUUUACCGAUCUAUUUAAAACAUCUAAUAUAUCCCUAACUCUAAAUUAUAAAUCGUCUUCGUGAUUUCUCGCUGUAGAAAAUUCUCCGAUCAAAAAGACAAGGCUCAAACGUUCUGAAAGAAUAAACAGAAAUCGUUAAAUAUCGAAAGUAAACAGAAUUCGUAAAAAUUUCGAAGUAUUUCGAAAUAUCGGCAAGGUAGAUCCCGAACGAUAUCGACAUUUCGCAAAAGAGGAUCAGAAACGAUAAAAAUAUAAUUUCCGAGCCUGUGAUUCGUGUCGUGACGAUCGAUCGAACGAAACUGUGGAACGAGCCCAUCCACCAGACGAAACGUCCCGCGAUCGUGCAUCGGUCCGAAAAGUCAAUAAAUCGUCGGUUUUCUUGUUGCGGCGCGCGGAGCGGGCCAAGCUCGGUCGAUAAAUCAACGUCGAUUUGAUCCCCGCGCAGGCAUCAAUUACGGGACCUUCCCUUUGACAUUAAUUUAUUAGCGGUGGGAAACGUAAUAUCGCGAAUGAUCGGCGGCCCGGCCGUCGUUCGAGGCGUGACGCGGAAAACCGGCGAGGAAGAGGAAGAGGAGAGAAAGAGUGACCACCGGUUGAGCAGCUUUCGGCAGCGUGGCAAAGAUGACGGACGAGCUGUUGUUCUCCGCGUUGGGCCUGACCACGGACACUAGUGUCGAGAGACAACUGUUCUCCAUCAACUCGACAACCUUCACUUGCGACUACGAUGCCUCCUCUUGUAGAACGCCGCGCAGCGACGACUCAGAGACUAUAGAUGGCCAUGCGACCAACAUUGGGAAUACAGUAGAGUGUUAUACUAAUUUGACUUGCCCGGUGAAGACAUCUUGGAACGAGUGGACUGAUAACAAUUCCACGCCUUUGUCAGGUACAGGGUGUCUGAGCGAGCUAAGCGAACUAAGCGAGUUAGACUCUGAGCUGGAAUGGUGUUUAGACAAAAGCUGGAACUCUGGACUACCAGAGAGGACACCGUUGUGCACUGCAGGAUGCGAGGGUUUCCUGCACCUACCACUGCCCAGUCCUCAGCAAACGUUCCAACGAGAGGAGCCAUUGUGGGUGCUCGGAAUCGAUUUGAGAGCACUCGAUGACACUUUGGAAACUGGCAGAAUAGAUUACAACAAUAACCAAGUAGAAGAAAAUAUAUCAUCAGCAGCUGCUGCAGCACUAGCAACCCACGACUAUACUAAUCGAAGUUUGGCAAAUGCGUCAGAGGAUCGAUGCUUUCCUUGCACUUACCAAGGAUGUGUGAAGGUCUAUGCAAAAGCAUCUCACCUGAAAGCUCACCUACGUCGACACACCGGUGAGAAACCAUUUGCAUGCACAUGGUCUGGCUGUGGAUGGCGCUUUAGCCGAUCCGAUGAAUUAGCCAGGCAUCGACGAUCGCAUUCAGGCGUAAAGCCUUAUCCUUGCGAAAUGUGUUCAAAGAGAUUUGCACGCAGCGACCAUCUGGCCAAACACCGCAAAGUACAUCGGAAGAACGCAUACCCAUUAUUCCAUGGGGGUAGAGGUAUACGUGGAGGAAAGAUGAACAUUCUGCCAGCGGAGAUUUAGUAAAUUUUCCUUGUGUAACGUAACAACGAUGAUGGCGUUGAAGGGACUGACGUCAAGAGAAUUUUCUUCCAGAUUUCUCGAAUCAACAGCUUUGUUGCUUCCUUGCAAUGAUCCUCGAUCAAACAAUCGUGAAGAGAAAUCGUACUUUGUUUCUGAUGUAUGAAGAUCAUGAAAAAUCAUUUCCAUUUUGAAAUUUUAGCAAGGAAAUAUCUUUUUGAUGAUUAAUUUGAUAUAUGAAACGAAAA